AUGUCGUCCACCCCAAAGUGCACGUUACCGCCUGAAAAAGUCUUCCCCAUCCAGAUCGGCUCCGAUCUAUUUCGUUUGUCCGGCGCCUCAAUUGCCUCUGAUGCUCCCUCCUACUUCUCCCAAUUCUUCGAGGACCAAUUAGCCCAGGGCAAUGCCUCCAAUCUUCGCACACUCUACAUCGAUCGGGAUCCCGCAACGUUCCACGAGAUCGCCCGGCAUCUACAGGGCUACCAUGUCCGGCCACGCGAUGGCGCGCAGUUCGUCAAGCUGUUUGCAGACGCACAGUUCUACAACUUACCUCGGUUAAUGUCCCAGCUCUUCGAGUCCGAAAUCUUCAUCCAGAUCGGUGAACGCCACUUCGAGAUCCCGCGGGAUAUCUUUUCCAGCCCCGGCGAUGCGCCCAAUUUCUUCACUCUCGGAUUUGCCAUAUUCUUUGCCUCCCCGUCCGAGGUGUUCCCGGGCCUGGACCGCAAGGGGCUCCUUCGGCCACCGGCCAUUGUUCCUCCAUCCGUUCCGAACCGGUCAGCAGACGUGUUUGCGGAGCUGCUACAUCUCUUGCGAGGAUAUCCAGUUCAUAUUCGAAACGAGGAACAUCGCGCAGAGCUCCUCCGUGACUGUCGUUAUUUCCACCUGCGGGGAUUGGAACAGAGACUGAUACCGCAUCAAAUCACGGUCAAUCCGUUCACCCAGCGAUCCGAGAUUGCGAUCCGUCUCGACGAUGUGCGUCCAUCUGGUAUCCACUUCAGCCGCGAUGCUGCCUCCGCGUCCGCGGGAUCAGUUACGUAUGCCCGACCGUUUGUCGACGAAACGCCCGCCGAUCUGCUUCUAGAAAUCGGGGAUGAAUCCACCGUGAUUGACCGAGAAAGCAUGCGUGCCGACUUCUUGCGUCUGGCCAAAUCCCGCAUUGCCAGCAUGUUGCAGGUUGUAGCCAAAAAGAUGGAUGUGUCUGAUGGGCCACCUUCGUUGAGUGAGAGCUCCAUCCAGAUUCAUUGGGGUCGCGAGACGGAUUUCACAGUCGACGGGAAACAAGAAGUCCAACCAUUCGGAGUCGAUUUCAACGCCGGUGAUGGCUCGGAACCACCACCAGCAAAACGGCCCCGAUCCGACAGUCCUUCGGAGCGCCUGACGGUUCGUACGGGACAGUGGCGCGUGAGAGUGCAGCCUGGGCUUGCAGGUGCAUACGAAGUGGUCUUGGUCGCGGUCAAGAUAGAUGCGUUGACCAGCGCGCGUGCGAGGAAUCGGUCGCGGACAUUUCUUUAG